UUGUCAACACUGAUUCCGAUCUUACAUUCCUCCCUCUCCCCGAGCACUUAUUCAACGAUACAGCUACGUCCUUGCUUGAUUUGUAGCCAAAGUAAAUAAAGUGUCCAACAAGUCCCAGUCCGCCCCUUCCCCUUUGUAAUUCUCUGGGAAGACGCAAACGGAAGUGCAAUGGCAGGGAGUGAGUGUUCGGGGUGACAGCAUGGUGACAACGUGGCUUGCCGACGCGCAGCAGAGUUUGUCUCCCCACCGCAAGGCUAUCUCCUGGAGAGUUAUCAGUGGUGUGUUUGUGUGAGGAGUUUCCUGAAGCAUGGGUGCCUCGCUGUCUCAAGCGCAAGAAUCCCUGGGCAGCCCUGGUGGUGUACCGGCACCAGCGUCCAGCACGACGUCCAACCCCACCACCCAGCACCAGCCCAUGCACUACUCCGCACCCCCACACAUCCCCUCCAUGACCUCCUCAGGACCCCACAUCACCUCCCCACCCCCCACCCUGUCCUCGGGACAGCCCCCCCUCACCUCCAACCCCUCCACCAUCACGUCCCCCCACCUUGUACAGACCCCCUCCGUCCUGACGUCCCCCCACCCCCUACACCUGCACCCAGGCUUCGGCAUGCCGGGAGUCAACCAGGUGUCCUCAUCCAUGCAGGAAGACGUCAAACCAGUUAUUAGUCAACUAGGACCCACCCCCCUGCAGAAUGUGUCCCCCCACAUGAUGAACACCCCCCUGAUGGUAAACACGGGUCAGCUCACCCCCCCAGCGCAGCCGCUCCAGUCCCCCCGCCCCUCCCAGACACCCAUGGGCCUGUCCAAACACAUCUGUCAGAUCUGCGGGGACCGAGCGUCCGGGAAGCACUACGGGGUCUACAGCUGUGAAGGGUGCAAGGGCUUCUUUAAACGGACAGUACGUAAGGACCUGACCUACGCGUGUCGGGAUAACAGGGACUGUGUGAUCGACAAACGCCAGCGGAACAGAUGUCAGUACUGCCGCUACCAGAAGUGUUUAGCCAUGGGCAUGAAAAGAGAAGACGUACAAGACCAACGGCAGGGAAGCGGGAACAGUGCCGUGCAGGAAGAGCGACAGAGAAGCAAAGAGGGGAAGGAUGGAGAGGUGGUCAGCACGACAAACCCCAACGAAGACAUGCCUGUGGAGAAGAUACAGGAGGCUGAGAUGGCUGUGGAACCUAAGGACGGAAACCUGGUCGAACAACCGGCUGCGAGUCCGACACAGGAGAACGACCCGGUGACGAACAUCUGCCAGGCGGCUGACAAACAGCUGGUGACGCUGGUGGAGUGGGCCAAGCGCAUCCCGCACUUCUCCGACCUGCCCAUAGACGACCAGGUCAUCCUACUUAGAGCAGGUUGGAACGAGCUGCUGAUCGCGGCGUUCUCCCACCGCUCCAUCGACGUGAAAGACGGGAUCCUGCUGGCGUCCGGGCUCCACGUGCACCGCAGCUCCGCCCACCAGGCAGGCGUGGGAACCAUCUUCGACAGAGUCCUCACCGAGCUGGUCGCCAAGAUGAGGGACAUGAAAAUGGACAAGACGGAACUCGGCUGCCUGAGAGCUAUAGUUCUCUUCAACCCAGAUGCCAAAGGUCUAACUGACCCGUCACUGGUGGAAAGCCUGAGAGAAAAGGUUUAUGCCUCCCUGGAGGAGUACUGCAAGCAGCAGUACCCUGAACAGCCUGGCAGGUUUGCCAAGCUGCUGCUGCGCCUGCCUGCCCUCCGCUCUAUCGGCCUCAAGUGCCUUGAACACCUCUUCUUCUUCAAGUUGAUCGGAGACACGCCCAUCGACACAUUCCUGAUGGAGAUGCUGGAGGCCCCGGGUCUGGGGCAGACCGCGGCGUCCCAGGGCCAGGGACCCAUGGCGCAGGCCGCGGCACAGCACCGCGAGGCACAGCAGCAAGCACAGCAGGGCCAGCCACCCUCCUGAGCUGUCCCACAGUACAUCCUGUAAGGAUAGGGGUGGGGAGUGAUGGUUGUAGAUAGUAAUAGGUACAGAGUAUCCUGAAGGAAAGGUGUCCUGAUGAAGAGAGCAGAGAUUGUACAGCAAAGGGUACUUACCUACGCCUACUUUUUCCAGCUUCGCAAGUCAACCUAGUUGGCUCAUGUUGGGAUUUCAGACCAGUUUAUGUACAUGUUUGACUGUUUUGAGUCCGUAUAACAUUUUAGCUCCGUUUUUAAGAUAUCUUGCCGUAUACAUGUAUUACCAGUGCAGGAAGAACUCUGAUUCACGCAUCCACCUAGUGGCACUCUGUUGUGUUUGCCAUACCUGUUUGCCUAGCUUUUUUGAAGUACUGUAGACUACCGUUGCUUACUACAACCAUUGUUAUCCACAAUCUGUAGGACUGUUGUAAGAUUCUGGCACAACCUAGGAUGUAGAAAGAGAGCUGCCUUUGCAUCAAAUGCUGUGGUAUGUGUACAUGUGUAAGGCUUUCAGAAGAGGCUAUAUAUGGGGCUAGUGGUGACAACACAGUGUGUAUUGGCAGCUGUUCACGUUGAACCUUUGUCAGAUGAACUGGUUCAAACCACUUCAUAAAUGUAUGUACAUGUAUAAUCUGACUAUGUAAAUCAGAAGUUAUAUAGUAUGGUGUAACUCUGUUCCAGAAGAUGUCAUGUGUACAAGUCCUGUACUAUAGUGCAGUGUAAAAGGUACCGGUGUGUGGGGGGUGUUUGUUAUGUGUACGAUUUUUUCCCCUUUAUUUCCAGUUUCUAACUAGACAGUGGGGAAGAGACAAAUGCCAGUUCUGUUCUUGUGCAAACCUGAUUCCAAAUUUACAUUUUCAAAGUAUAUCUAAAAUUCCCAAUUUCAAACACUACAACUUUGCUUAUCUCUCCAAAGUGGUAACAAGAAAUUGGCCUGUAUUUUUCACUGUCAGUACCUAUAGAUGUACAUGUAACAGUGUAGUUGGUCCUUUUCUUAC